GGAGGUGUCGUUGCCUUGACAACUGUAACCUAACGUAAUAUCCGUUCAUUUAAAAAACCCUCAAACCGAUUUGCUGUCUUCCUGAGGUAAAUUAGGUGAAUUUACAAUUUAUCGUGAAUCAAAGUCGUUGUCUUACGAAUAAGUAAGACUGCUAUCGAAGUUUUCUGUGGAAGAAACAUUUCUCACACUGGAGCUCGAGACAAUGGCAGAGUCUGUGCGCUCGAGUCAGUCGAACGGGGGAUCUAGUCGCCACGAGAAAAGUUUGGGUCUCCUUACCAUCAAGUUUGUGACUCUGCUACAAGAAGCAAAGGACGGCGUACUUGAUCUCAAAGUGGCUGCUGACAGUCUGGCAGUGCGUCAGAAGAGGAGGAUCUAUGACAUCACAAACGUGCUGGAAGGGGUGGGGCUUAUCGAGAAGAAAACCAAGAACAUCAUCCAGUGGAGGGGGGAGAACCUGGGCUGCCAGACCCAGGAGGUUCUGGACCAGGUGGAGAUGCUGAAGGCUCAGAUAUCUGAGCUGGAGAGAAAAGAGAUGGAACUGGACAGUCAGAAGGCCUGGCUGGAGCAGAGCAUCACACACAUGAAUGAGGACAGCGUUGUCAGUCGAUAUAAGUACGUUUCACAUGAGGAUGUGUGUGACGCCUUCGUGGGAGACACUCUCCUGGCUGUGGUGGCUCCCUCAGGGACUCAACUGGAGGUGCCAAUGCCCGAGACGGGUCAGAAGGGCCAGAAGAAGUAUCAGGUGAACCUGCGGAGCCAGUCUGCUCCCAUCAAGGUGAUGCUCAUCAACAGGGAGCAUGAAACCUCCAAGCCUGUGGUCUUCUCAGUGCCUCCUCUCGAGGACCUGUCCUCCAUGCCUACCCCCCCCACCACCCCUGCCAGCCUGCAGACGUUCCCAAUGCUCUCAGCCCAGGGCCAGGCCUAUACCCCGUCCUCCAGUCCCUCUGGAAUGCAUGACCUGGGGCACUCAGUCAGCCACAAGAUGGCGCCGCUGGGGCGCGACGGCGACCUGACGCCCUCCUCCACCCCUCCUGACGUGCAGAUGGAGUGCCCCGCCCAGACUGAGCCAGUGCUGAGCAUGCAGCUGCCAGUGUUGGGCUCGGCUCUGGACCCCCAGCAGCAGGUGAACGUGUCGGGCCAGGAGCUGCAGUCCCUGCUGGACGUGGGCAGCUUGCUGAAGCUCCACCCCGGGACUGGGGAUCAGAUGAAGGACGAGAGAGAGGGAGUUGCUGACCUGAUAGAUGAGCUGAUGUCCUCAGAUGUGUUCCCUCUCCUGCGGCUGUCCCCGAGCACGGCCGGGGACUACAACUUCAACCUGGACGACAACGAAGGAGUCUGCGACCUCUUUGACGUUCAGAUUCUCAAUUACUGAAUUCACCAUGUCC